CUCAACCUUCGCCGCAAGAACACAACAAUGGAAUCAACGCGUCGCAAUUAAGCAAAUAUAAGGUUUUCCUACCAGCGAAUAAGUUGUCUUUCUCAAGCUUAGGCAUGCCGUUUUGCGCGCGCAAGGAAAAUUAACAUUCAGCAUUGAUUAUGUCGCCACCCUCCAAACAAAACUACCGGAGGACCACCCCUCGUAGCGCAGGGAAGAGAAACUCAGACCAGGAGAGCCCCCUCAAUGCCCUUCACCAACUCGCGGGAACAAUAAUCCCUACAACUCCGGCGGCAAUUGCCGCUCGGCCUCCGCUCUCCGCAAACCGAGCCUCCGCAAGACGAACACCAGGUAGCAUAUAUACAGGCGCCAAUGCUCCCCCCGCGACUCCUCAUGCGCUGCGCGCGCUUCAAAGACGUGCAGCUACAUAUACUCCUGGGCGGGAUCGGAGGAAAAGUGGACGGGUGCAGCGAGAAACGCCCAUGGAUAUCCUAAGGAACCUGGGUAAAAUACUGGCCCCCACCACGCGAGCAGUUUCAUCAUCACCACAAGAAGAGCCGGAGAAGCCACCCACACCCAAACCGAUCGAUGAUCUUGAUGAAGAACCAGAUCUUCCAAGGCCUAGGCUCUCACUACCGCUUGCGGAAAUGAUAGUAGAGGACGAUAAGAGUCCAGAUAUCCAGCCUCCUAGACUCUCGUUGGCUAUUGAGGAAGAUAUCGAUCUCACCUGGAGAUCAAUAGAAAUGCCAAGGCGAGAGCGGAGUAUACAGGAUCGAACUACUCUGUCCAGAGUAAGCAUGGGGAGCAAUCGAUUCAGUGACCGCUUCGGUGACCUCGGCAGAAUGGAGGAUCUAGAGGAAGAGGAACUGGAGUAUACGACAGUUCAUGGAGAUGAUGGAGACGAUCAUGGACAAGAUACCGGGCCUAUCUUUGAUGCAGGAGGAGAGACCGAAGAUUUGCGACGUUUUAACCUUGACUUUUCCUUCCCGACACCAGAUGCAACGACCGCUGGGAUUUCCGGAAAUCAGCUUGAGCAAGAAUAUGAGGAUUUUGCCCUUGAUAUCAAUCCUGACGUGGAAACCGACUUUCCGUCGUCCGAUAGCGUUACUGGUGGAGGAGGCGUUGAGUUUGCAAUCCAAGACGACCUUUCCAGGCCCGCACCUCCUUCAAGCAGUCCAGAACCAGUACCUCAAGAAAAGGUGAAGGGUAGCAAGCAACAAAAGCUAUCACGACACGGUAUCCCUGUACCACGGCUACCAUCCGGUAUCGUAAAAAAGUUGGCCACUCGGUUUGCCCGGAGUGGUGGAGGAAAGUCGAGAAUUAGCAAGGAGACCUUGGCUGCUAUUGAGCAGGCGACGGAAUGGUAUUUUGAGCAAGCGAGUGAUGACCUCUCAACAUAUGCGAAACAUGCAGGCAGAAAGACUAUCGAUGAGACGGAUGUCAUGACACUCAUGAGAAGGCAACGGCAUAUUGGCAAAAACACCACAGUAUUUGCGCUUGCCCAAAGGCAUCUGCCCAAAGAGCUUGUGCAGGAUAUCCGUCUUCCAAAGCGCUGAAAAAUUUCAACUCCACCGAAAAGCGCCUUUAAAACCCAGAAGACCAAUCCGCCCGUAGCAAGAGUGGAGAGAUUGAUGCGUCUCGAGGCUACCAGCCUUUAUUAUGUCGCACCCGCCGAGUUAUCUCGUUUGGCUUCUUUCUAACGACCAUCCAGAACAUUAUCGCGGUAGCCAACGACAAACCGUACCUGGGUAGGCAAUUAAUAAUUAGACACAAGAUCAGGGCAAGCGGGGUUGGGUGGACGACAGAAACCACCUACCAUGUUGCGAUAUACUGGGAGUGAUUGUUCCUGAGAUUUACUUCAGGUGGGCGCCCGAUAGGAAUACCAUUCGCUUCUCUAUGGUAUAUUGUGAGGAGCUCAGGGUCUACCGAUUCCGGGGUCAGUUUUUUGGGCGAUGGGAUUCACCAGUGGGUAAGAAUUAAUAGGAGGGGGAGCAAUUCUUACUCAUUGUCUCUUCAAUCCAAAUUGGUUGGCUGCCAACAAGCUCCGCCAUUUGCACUACAUCUGGAAAAUAAAACUUUCCCUCUUCCGGCUUAUUGUCCGGCGUAAACAUAUUUUUCUUCCAAGGGGCGCGCAGUAAUCCUUCCACUGUAACUUCUCCCUCAGGUAAACCUGCCUUCCUAUCUUUCUGGUCCUUGCGAUCC